AGGCUUUACUUCCUCUCCCGGCAAGCAUUCCCCUCGUUCCUGCGUAGUAACAAGAUUUCCUUCUGCCAACCAACCAUUAUGUCAUCCCAUCAAAAGAGUUGCUGGUAAUUCGACUUGGCUGGGUUUCAUCACAUCCUCUGAAUCAUAUCACAGCUCAGAACGGCCUACAGACCUUAGUAUUUCGAAUGGGCGCCCAGUGCUGCUGCGAGGGUCGAGGAAACAAAUCUUUCCGCAGCGAUUCUUUCUUUUCCGCCGCUCCGACCGCUGGCGCGGAGUCUGCGCACCAGGGUUUUAACGCGCAGCAAACCAUAGUGCCAGCGAAUGAGGCAAGAACGCAGAAAAACCAGGACCGAAAACAAGCGGUUCUCGCCGAGCAACAGGUGGUCGCUCCGCGCGGCUUGAAACACCAGGCGACCCUCCCGGUCACGGGGAAAAAGGGAAGCAAGGGAACGUCGUCUUUCAGAGUAGACAAAGCAACGACGUCCGCGCAGACACCGAGCCCGAACGCCUCCAUGUGGCCGCAACAAUACGAGUCGGGAAGGGCGACUGCGCCAGUUUCCACGAUGUCUUCGCAGAACUUCAUCACUCAGAAAGGAGGAAAGAUCAGUAGCAUGAUGACCGCCGGCGUCGACGUUCCUAACCGCAGAGAUUUCGGCGAGACACAGUUUAUGGUUGCCGACAUGGCGAUGCACGAGCCGGAAUUGGCUAAGCAAUGGGGCGUGGCCGGGGAACAGACGAUAAGGUUUAUGCACCCCUCGAUGUACACCACGAUGGGGGCAACGAAACGAAACUUCCUAUCAACUGUAAAAAUGUCUGGGCCUGGAAGAUUCUGACACUUGUCAUGCACGUUUUGCAUGAGCCAUGAUGUCUGUGAUGCGUACCCUAGCAAUACAGAUUUUUUGAGGGCUUUUUGAUGCGUAUUCCGCAUGACAAAUGCCUCCUCAGCGUAGCAAAAAUUGCUUUUCCUUUCCUUUGGUACUCAUGCAAUACAAAUUUUUUUGGAAUCCAAAUGCAGCAUGACAAGUUGCAAUCUUCCAGACCCAGACACUUUUACAUUUGAUACUUCCCGGGCGAGGACAACGCUAGGCUUCCGGCCGGAGAGUCCCGAGGGCAAGUAGAACUCGAUAAUUUUGCUGGCGGACAGAAACAGUAGAUGAGUGAAAUUGUGAACAGAUAAGUUCUUCUUGUCGCGCAACGCCCUUUCAUCUUUCUACUUUAUCUUCUUCUUCGGCAGUUUGAGAACGAAAGACUCGACAAGCAGAGUUCUCUAUAUUCAUAUGCUCUUUCUUGGGGUUCACCAUGG